AGUCUGAACUUCGGUACUUGAGAAAGCAGGCGGUCGUACGAACAUUAUUUAAUCGCAGCGUUUGUGUACACUACGCCACAAUUAUUGUAAUAAUAGCAAAAUUGUCGUAAGCCGUAUAGAAAAAUACCGCGUAAAUUACGAGAAAAUAAACGAGAAUGACCGAUUUAAAUAUUGCGGUACUUGGCGCAGGCGUAGUUGGCGUUACCACAGCGGUGGAGCUACAGAAACGUUUUAGACAUGCGAAAAUCGAAAUUUUAGCCGAGCACGUAUACGAGGAUACUACAAGUUAUGUUGCGGCAGGAGUUUUUAGGCCUGGAACCAGUUUUUGUGGACCAACGCAAGAAAUCACACAAAAAUGGAUAAACGACUCAUACACUUACUGGGAUGAAAUUAGAAGAAGUCCCGAAGGAGCCAGAGCAGGUGUUACCGAAUUAUCUGGAUACAUAUUUUCCAGCCAGCAUUCCCAAGCCGUUAGGAAUCGGUAUAUCGAAAAAUUAUGUCCUGUGUACCGUGCUGCUACCGAAAAAGAGUUGAAACUGUGUCCUGGUAACUGGAAGUAUGGAUCCUUCUUUACUACGGUUUUAACACAAUCCUCUUACUAUAUACCAUGGGCUAUAAACAAGUUUAAAAGUAAUAAUGGUAAAAUUAUACAGAAAAAAAUUGAGUCUUUACAAGAAGUUGGCAGUUAUGACGUGGUGGUGAACUGUACAGGUUUAGGAUCAAGAUUCCUUUGUAACGAUUAUCAAGUCGUUCCAAUUAGAGGACAAGUGAUAAAGGUUAAAGCACCCUGGAUUAAGACAUUCUUCUAUGGAGAUCUCGAUACCUACGUACUUCCAGGAAUAGAUUUAGUAACACUUGGAGGUUGUAGACAGUACGAAUCUUGGGAUUUAAGUGUAAAUAAAUACGACAGCUUAAAGAUUAAGGAUCAGUGCGAAGCCCUAGUUCCAAGUUUAAAAGGUGCCGAAGUAAUAUCUCACAAAGUUGGCUUAAGACCACAUAGAGGCAUUGUUAGGGUUGAAAAAGAAAUACUGAAUACAGAUAGUAAAAAGAUCAAGAUUGUUCAUAACUACGGGCAUGGGGGAUAUGGUGUUACCACAGCCCCAGGAACUUCGUUAUACGCCUGUGAAUUAGUUCAAGAAAUUUUAUCAGGAAACAGUAAACUAUAAAAGUUAAGGGUAAAAAAAGCGAUAUAUUAAACGCAAUGUUUACAAACAUAACG